GAUAUUUUUUUAUCUUUAUUGUAAUAAGACUUAUAAUGUCCUAUUCAUCACUUAUUAAUCAGUCGGCAUUCGAUCCUCGACAGUCAGUAUUCACUGUGUACUGUCUAUAAUUAAUACAAUCUGUCUGUUUAAUUUAAUUUAGACAAAAAGCAAAAAGUACUAUAUAACCUCAUAACUCAUAAGUAUAUAAGUACACAUAUUGGAACAACGACUGAAAGCAAUAUUAUAAUUAAUAUAUUCAGACAGUACGAGAUUAACAAUGCAGUCACUUAUCCAAGUUGUGAAUAAACUGCAAGAUGUUUUUUCGGUAGUUGGUGAACAGCAGAUCGUUGACUUACCACAAAUUGUGGUUGUGGGAACACAGAGUUCCGGUAAAAGUUCUGUGCUGGAAAGCAUCGUGGGAAAAUCAUUUUUACCUCGAGGAACUGGUGUAGUUACCAGAGCGCCAUUAGUUAUACAAAUGAUUAGGUACACUGAGGAAACUAGAAGAUCCAUGUUAUUGACACAUAACAUCGAAGAUAGUGAAAACAUAACAGAAUGGGUAGAGUUUCUACAUAAGCCAAAUUAUUUUUUUUUCAAUUUCGAUUUGGUACGCAACGAAAUUGAAUCUAGAACAAACAUUCUUGCAGGAAAUAAUAAGGGCAUCACUAACAGUCAAAUUUUAUUGAAAAUUCACACUAAUCGCUAUGAUCUGACUUUCGUUGACUUGCCAGGUAUAACCAAAGUGGCGGUUGGAGACCAACCUGACAAUAUUGAUGAACAGAUCCAAAAAUUGAUUUUUUCCUAUGCAAAGCAGUCAAAUUCUAUUAUUUUAGCAGUGGUGACUGCGAAUACGGACCCCUCGACGAGUGAAAGCCUGCAAAUAGCAAAGAAGUUGGAUCCAGAAGGCAUGAGAACUAUAGCUGUAGUCACAAAAUUGGAUCUAAUUGAUGAUGGAACAUUACAAGAUACAAAAGAUCUUUUGUGUGGUCGCAGGAUUCCAGUGAAACUAGGUAUCAUCGGAGUUGUUAACAGAAGUCAAAAAGAUAUCAUUGAAAAUAAAUCAAUGGAAGCAACGCUAUCGUCAGAAACUGAAUUUCUAAAAACUAACUAUCCAGAUAUAUGUACUAAACACGGCAAUAAAGCGUUAGCUCGUACAUUGCAGAUGGUAUUAAUAACACAUAUUAAAAAAGUAUAUCCAAAACUUAAAGUUGAACUUGAGGAGAUGAAAAAUAAAUUAGGCAAGAAAUUGAUGCUACUGCAUACUCCUGAGAACAAAGUAUCGUUCGUAAUAGGACUUUUAAAAGAUAUUAGCAAAUCGUAUGAAGACACUGUGAAUGGAAAUCAAAGUGAUGUUUCGGUCGAUGAAAUAAUUGGCGGUGCAAGUGUUGCUAGAAUAAUCCAACAAAAAUAUUUAAAGACAAUAAAUGCUAUAGACCCAUUACAGGAUUUAACUAAUGAAAAUAUUGCAACGGUAUUAUUAAAUACAUCAGGUACUAACCAAAGUACUUUUGUCAACGAAAAAGCAUUGCAAAAAAUUUUAAGUCGGCAAUUAAAUAACUUAAUUGAGCCAUCGUUGGAUUGUGUAGAAUUGGUCCGCAGUGAGAUGUUAAACAUAUUGAAUUCCAUUGAUGUCAGAUUGUUGGACACACUAAGGCGAUACCCACAAUUGAAUGAGGACGUACGGCAAGUUUUUGAAAAUUUGCUGGAAGAAAAUGUAAAUAAUAUCAAAGAAUUUAUUAGAUCAUACAUAGAAUCAUAUCAAGAGUGUUUGGAUACAGCAAAUCCAGAUUUUAUAUUGGAAAUAGUAAAAUCAAAUAAUACAAUUCAAGAAGAAAUUCUAGCUGCUGCAAACAUCAAUAAUUACAAAGAUGACAGUGACUCUUCUUCCGACGGGAAUUGGAAAGAUAUGAGCAAGGACAAAAAGAUUGAAAUUAAUAGAAUACAAAUGUUGAAUCAAUUAUUAUCAGGUCUUAAUAACACCGAUGAAUCUUUAGAAUCGUCAGAACAAGUUAAAUUACAUAGAGAUUUAAGUCAAUGUUAUUUUGAGUACAUCAGGAAAAUUGUGCGAGACUUUGUGCCUAAAAGAAUAAAACACAAAAUGAUUAAUUCGUUUUUAAAAGUCCUUGAUAAGCGCUUAAAUGAAAAAAUUUUCCAAACAUAUUUAAUUGAAAAAAAAAUUGAUGAAGUACUUUUAGAAGAUGAAAGUUUCCAAAAGGAUAGACAAGAUCUUGAUAUCAAGUUGGACGCAGUUAACAAAGCUUUAAAAAGUAUGAUUGAUAUUCAAUAUUAUUAAUCUAUUCUUUGAAAAUAUAUAUUUUUACUUUUAAAUUUAAAUUUACAUGCAAUACAACAAUAGUUACUAAAAAUAAUGUUUGUUAUAAUUUUUAAAACAGGAUUAUUAUAUUUCUUAACUAUAUAUUUGAUAAUAUAGUAUAAAUGUCUUUUUAUGCCCAACUUAAAGUAAAGUUAAAUGUAAGGCAUUUUUAUUCUUUGUAACAUGUGUUUUAUUUAUUUAUUAACAAAUUUUGGCGUUUAUUCAUUAACGACAAACCCUUAAAAUAAUAAUUAUUUUUAAUUUAUAAUA